AUGUUCGGGACGAACUCCCUAGCAUCGUCCAGCGGUAAACCCAAAAGGAAAUGCCUCCCGGCGAGCACAAGACGUCCUGCAACAUUACCACCCACGCCACAAAGUCCUCCUGAUGAAGAAGGCCACACCAUCGACGAGACAGUGCCUCUCCUAAAACACCACCAUCGCUCCAAUCAAGCCUUACAAGCCCCUUCCAAGCCCAAAAACCACCCAUGGAGAAAUCGACUACGACCGCGAAAAGCAACAGCAGCAACAUCAACAACAGCGAUAUUUCCUACCCACGCCACAGACCAAACUCGACUAUCCUUUUUCUCACGUACGCCUCAAGCUGAUACACAAGACCAUGACCGUGUCCACCUGAUCAAGCCUUCGCUCUGCUCCCUACACCUCUGCAUCGUCCAUGCGACGCUGACUUCGACGGCAGCCUUUCCGCAGAAGACGAAAUUUUAUCGGGCGUGGAUCACCAAACCUUCGACAAUCGUUGCGGAAGCUGAGCUUGGGGCUUCUUAUUGA